AUGAAGCCGCCCUUCAUCCCCCGGCCGUCGGACACCGGGGACACGACGUACUUCGAGCGGCGCAAUGAGCGGGCCGAUGUCCGGCGCCAACUGAAGAGCCACGGGAGUAUGGACCUGCUGGCGGCCGUGGCGUCGGGCGAGGUGGUGCCCGAGGAUGGGCCAGCCUCGCGGUCCGGCUCGCCGUUGCCGACCGGCGGGAUGUCGCCCUUCCGCACGGGGAGCCCGGCCCCCGGGUCGCAUGGCGGGGGGCUGCUCUCGCCGGUGGCCAGCGGGUCGCCGCGUGGCAGCGCCACCGGGUCCGGCCUGCUGGCCGGGUCGCGGUCGCGCUCCGGGUCGACGCAAUCGCGGCAGAGUGUCAUCUCGAUUGGCGGGGCAGCCGGCGGCCCCGGGGGGCAGACGAUCUCGCGCUUCUGCUCCCAGUCGCCGGCUUUGUGCCGGGUGUCGCCGGUCCCGGCGGGCCGGCCGGUUCCCGGGUACUGCCAGUGUGCGUGCCCCUGUGCGUGCACCUGCUCCUGCAGCUGCCUGCGCCUGGACAGCCCGGGCCACGCGCACUCCAAGCCUAAGAUCGUCCUGCCAUGCUCGUUUGAGGCGCCCCCGCGGCCGGCCAGCCGGCUGUUCUUCCGCCGGGCCCCGGCGGACCCGCCGGCCGUGGCGGUGGCCAGCACGUGCAGCCGGUCGGCCCACUGCUCCAGCCGGCCGGCCCUGUGCCAGGCCGGCCCCGGGACCGGGGGGUGCGCCUGUGCCGAGGUCCUUGCUGCGGCCCUGGCGGGAGCCGGCCUGGUGGCCUCCGGCUGCCAGGCGCUGGCCGAGGGGGUCGGCAGCCCGAGUGGCCCGCUGGUCGGGAGCCGCGUUCACUCGCCGGUGGUGGCGGCCGGGGUGGCCUCCUCGCCGGCCUCCCUGCUAUCCGGCGGGGGGGGCUCCGGUGGGAGUCCUUUCGUUUUGGUUUCCGACGGGGGCCCGGUGUCGCCGCCGACCAUGGCGCAUGCCCUGCGGCCGUCGCCCUCGGUGGGGUCGCUGCUGUCGGCGGUCGGGGGUGGGGCUUGCUCGUCGUCAUCGUCGCCGGCCGGCGGGCCACCGCGCGAGACCGUCGCCCGGCACCAGCGCAACCUCUCGGACACGGGGGGCGUCUUCAAGGACGGGCGCCGGCGCUCGAGCGGUGUGCAUUCCGAGGCCAACAGCGCGCAGGAGGACUUCAUGAAGCUCUUCACCUCGGCCAGCCAGGGCGAGGACCGCCUGGAGGUGUUCUCCUUUGUCUCCCGCGGUUCGCAGCGAUAG